AUGUUUUUGAAACCGUUCAUUUCAGCUCCAUCCACUUCUAAUUGGAGUAAAUCUUUUAGUUGUGAGAAUGGGAUGUAUGCAAAUGUUAGAAUGCUUCAAAGGGCAGAAGUAGUGUGUCUUGGUAUGUUGGCCCCGAGAAAAUUCAUGCAAAAGAGGAAGAAAGUAGAGGUUUUCAAGGAUGCUGAGGAUGAAAUUGAGCAGAAGAACUGGAGAAAAGUAAUGAAUGAAAUAGAGGAAGCAGAUUCUGCUGUUUCCGUGCUCAAGAGUCGGAGGGCCAAGCAUCAGUCUCUACCCAAAGACCUGGUUGUCGGAACCCUGGUCAGAUUUAAGCAGCUCAAGAAGUGGAACCUUGUUAGCGAGAUUCUGGAAUGGCUUCGGACUCAGCAUUGGUGGGAUUUUAAGGAGAUGGAUUUUCUGAUGCUUAUAACGGCUUAUGGAAAGCAAGGAGACUUCAACAAAGCUGAGAGGGUUUUAAACCUCAUGAACAAAAAGGGGUAUCCACCAAAUGUAAUAUCCUAUACUGCUCUUAUGGAAGCAUAUGGAAAAGGAGGCCAAUAUAAUAAAGCAGAAGCUAUAUUUCGUAGAAUGCAAUCUUCAGGCCCCGAACCUUCUGCUGUGACAUAUCAAAUAGUUCUUAAAAUAUUUGUCCAGGGAAACAGAUAUAAAGAAGCUGAAGAAAUUUUUGAAACCCUUCUAGAUAAGCAAACUUCGCCUCUAAAACCAGACCAGAGAAUGUUCCACAUGAUGAUUUAUAUGUACAAAAAAGCAGGAAGCUAUGACAAAGCUCGUAAACUAUUUGUCUUGAUGCCUGAGAGAGGAAUUCAGCAAACUACAGUCACAUAUAAUAGCUUGAUGUCCUUUGAAACCAAUUACAAGGAGGUUGCAAAAAUCUAUGACCAGAUGCAAAGAGCUGGUAUUCGGCCUGAUGUAGUGAGUUAUGCACUGCUCAUCAAUGCUUAUGGUAAAGCUAGAAGAGAAGAAGAGGCAUUAGCUCUAUUUGAGGAGAUGCUUGAUGCCGGUGUCAGGCCAACACAGAAAGCAUAUAAUAUCUUACUUGAUGCCUUUGCAAUCUCUGGAAUGGUAGAGCAAGCUCAAAUUGUCUUCAAGAGCAUGCGAAGAGACAGAUGUACCCCUGAUCUAUGCUCAUAUACGACUAUGUUAUUGACUUAUGUUAAUUCCUCUGAUAUGGACGGGGCUGAGAAAUUUUUCAGAAGAAUAAAACAAGAUGGAUUUGAACCCAAUCUCGUGACUUAUGGAACUUUGAUAAAAGGUUAUGCAAAAACAAAUAACCUGGAGAAAAUGAUGGAGAAAUACAACAACAUGCGGGUUCAAGGUAUCAAACCGAACCAGAUGAUCCUCACUACUAUCAUGGAUGCUUUUGGUAGGAACGAGGAUUUCUCCUGCGCCGUGAUUUGGUUCAAUGAAAUGGUAUCUAGUGGGAAUCCUCCUGAUCAGAAAGCAAAGAAUAUUCUCCUGUCUCUAGCAAAAACAGCUGAAGAAAAAUUUGAAGCCAAUCAGCUUGUACAACUUAAUAGGGUCCCGAACAAUGUAGAUGUUGGUGACAUGUGUAGUAUGAAUGAUGAUGCUGAUGCUGACGCAGAUGUAGAUGUAGACAUGAGCCAUGCAUUUGAAGAUAAAGAUGAAGACUUGAUAAUUACUGGUUUGGUUGUACAACUUAAUAGGGUCCCCAAGAAUGUAGAUGAUGGUGAUAUCAGUAUUAUGAACAAUGAUGCUGAUGCUGAUGCUGAUGCAGAUGUAGAUGUCAACAUGAGCCAUGCUUUGAAGAUAAAGAUGAAGACUUGA